GGAUUUAUUUGGCAAGUAUCGGUGUGGGAGUUUGCUUGUAUUUUGAAACUUGGACCUCUGAGCUCCCUCACGUGAAUACACUCCCUCUUCGGGGCGGCAUUUGUGGCAAGCAGUCCAGGUGCAUCAGAUUUUCCACUCACGCAACAUGUUUCCCCCACUAACGGCCAAUCUCAACAUCGAGGCCUUGAGUGGUAUCUGUGGCUCGAUCUCAAUUGCCUGCUGGGUAGUUGUCUUUUCACCUCAGAUUAUUGAAAACUUUCGUCGAGGCUCUGCGGACGGUCUAUCCCUUCUUUUUCUGAUCGUCUGGCUAGCUGGUGAUGUAUUCAAUAUCCUUGGUGCCGUCAUGCAGGGUGUCCUCCCGACCAUGAUCAUUUUGGCCGUGUAUUACACCUUGGCGGAUAUUGUUCUUCUUGGACAAUGUUUCUACUACCGAGGCUUUAAUUUGAGCGAUGAAUUCUCAUCUUCGCCCUCCCCGGAACCUAAUCCUGUCGCCACUGGCGCACUAGACAGUGAUGAAGGCAGCGGCUCCAAAGCUGGGGCAGCACCGACAGAACGAUCGGCUUUGUUGACAAAAUCGAACGGGCAUGUCCAAAUACAGGAUCGUCUGGAGAACGCGCCGAAAGCACAAUCCUCCCGAGAUGGUGCUCGUCGCAUGUCGUCGUCUGCGACGCAGGAACGGCGACCGUCUGCUUCCUCUUUCAGGGACUUUGUACAUCAACAUGUGGAUGGGACACACCUUUCUCCUGCGACUCCAUUGAUCGAUCCUGAAUCUGAUAGGGCUCAUUAUCACCGCCGUCGUCGGCGUAUCUCCACCAUUCAAGCCAUCCUCUUCAACACUACGGCCAUCGCUCUCGUCUGUGCUGCUGGCAUCCUCGGCUGGUACGUCAGCGCGGGAUCAAAGAAGUCGAAAUCACAACCCGAGUCUCUCACCCUGGACCCUCUGGGCCAGGCAUUUGGAUACCUUUGCGCUGUCUUCUAUCUCGGCUCACGAGUCCCUCAGCUGCUGCUCAAUUACCGGCGCAAGUCUACAGAUGGAGUUUCUCUGUUGUUCUUCUUGUUUGCCUGCAUUGGCAACUUGACCUAUGUCUUAUCUAUCAUGGCAUACUCGCCGGUCUGCCAGGGUACAGUGUCAGCCUCGAAUAGUCUGGGUGAGCUAUCGCACCGUCAUCGUCCACAUUGCCGUCCCGGAGAGGCGGCUGCCUUGUAUGGACGGUAUAUUUUGGUGAAUCUUUCCUGGCUUGUGGGCAGUUUCGGAACUUUACUGUUGGAUAUGGCGAUUUUCGUACAAUUCUUCUUGUAUAGUGAUGGCAAGAGCGUCGAUGAAGAGUAUGAUGGAGAAUAAAUUAAAUCGCUUAUGUACAUAUGAAUGAUGAGAAUGAUGGGAUCCAGACAGCGUUGCAAGCCUAGCUUUUUGACAACGCGACUUGAAUAAAGUUAUAUGACCGUACAGUCAUUGGUCAAGAUCAGCCAAGAAGGAGAUCACCGCAGUCGCAAAUGCCUUUGCAUCAUCACGCCUCUCCUUAGUGUCAGGUCCAACUUGUUCCAGAAAC